AUGGCGCGGAAGAAAGUUCGGCCGCGGCUGAUCGCCGAGCUGGCCCGGCGAGUGCGGGCUCUGCGCGAACAGCGGGAUCGACCACGCGACUCGCAGCGUUAUGCCCUGGACUACGAGACGCUGACGCGGCCGCUGUCGGGCCGCCGGUUGCCCCAGCGCGCCUGGGCCGACGUGCGCCGUGAGAGUCGCCUCCUGCAACUGCUCUGCCGCCUGCCGCUCUUCGGCCUCGGCCGCCUGGUUACGCGCAAGUCUUGGCUGUGGCAGCACGACGAACCCUGCUACUGGCGCCUCACGCGUGUCCGGCCCGACUACACGGCGCAGAACUUGGACCACGGGAAAGCCUGGGGCGUCCUGACCUUCAAAGGCCAGACCGAAAGCGAGGCCCGCGAGAUCGAGCAGGUCAUGUACCACGACUGGCGGCUUGUGCCCAAGCAUGAGGAGGCGGCUUUCACUGCCUUCACCCCUGGCAGCAAGGAGCCCCCUCGCUCUGUGCCCUACCCACCCCUCCUCAGGGCCAUGAUCCUGGCCGAGCGGCAGAAGAGCGGUGAUUCGAGCACGGAGGAACCCCUGCUCAAUCUAGAGCGGGUCCGCAUCAGCCCCUGGGACUACCCUGACCAACAGGAGGGAAAGGGCAAGGCCAAAGGCACCCGAGUCUAA